UCUUGUCUUCUGUAGCAACCACAAGUCUCCGCCUCUCUCUCACAGCGCGAACCCGAUCCCCACUCACUCCAACUCCCCUGCCACCGCCAUCCUCCUCCCUAGCCCUUAUUCCCGACGUUUGUCCAAGCGAUAAUCCACCUCUUUUCGCAAGCGAUUUUAGAACUUUGUCCCGAAGAGAGAGAAAAAGGAUAAAACACCCAGAGAAGUGAAGAUCGGAGCGAACCCAAUACGUUUUAUAUUGCCCAGAUUGUUGGCCACGGCGGGGUGGAUAAAAGCAGGCUGAAAAAUACUAUAUGAUGUGGAUCUGGUACCUCUUGCUUGGUUCGGGGACGGGCUCAAGCUUGGUUGAGAGCCAGCUCCUUCCGGGGAACAAUUUCACCACAGACUGUAACAACCCAGGGAACUUCAUGUGUGGGGACGGGAAGUGUAUCCCAGGGGCGUGGCAGUGUGACGGAGUGUCCGACUGCUUCGACAAGAGCGACGAGAAAGGCUGCUCCAAGAUAAAGUCCAAGUGUGCUCCGACGUUCUUUGCCUGUGCCAACGGGAUACACUGUAUUAUCGGACGGUUCCGUUGCAAUGGCUUCAGCGACUGUCCUGACGGGAGCGACGAGAAGAAAUGUACAGGUAAUCCGCUGGUGUGCCUGGAGGCCCGCUUCAAGUGUCGUAACGGGCGCUGUGUGGACCGCAGUUUCCUGUGUAAUGGACAGGACAACUGUCAGGACAACAGUGACGAGGAACACUGCCUCACCACCGCAGAAGCUCCAGGCCAGGACUUUGUAACCCUGGACUACCGCAACUACCCUAGCAUCACCUACGCAGUCAUCGGCAGCGCUGUCAUCUUUGUCCUGGUGGUGGCGCUGUUGGCCUUGGUUCUGCACCACCAGAGGAAGCGCAGCGUGCUGCUGCCCCGGGAGGUCCGGUCCUCCUACCACCACCACCACCCCCUGCUGCUAUCCCGCGUGGUCAUCCUGGACCGGGGACACAUCCACCCAGCUGGCCCUGGCCUCUCCCCCACCUCCCCGUCUGCAGAAGCCCAGUUCAGUGCAGGUUCACAAGGGCUACAGAUGCUGUCUAGGACCCUCUACCCUGCUGACAUGUCCAUGGACACACCACCCUCCUACUCCCAGGCCGUGCUGGAUGUCAGCCGGCCUCCCUGGUUUGACCUUCCCCCGCCUCCCUACCUCCCAGACGGGGAUCUGCCGUCAGAAGGAGAGCUGCCCCAGUACGAAGCCCCCACAGAGCCCUCCACUCAGCCCAGCACAUGUCUCUCUGAGCCCUCUACACCCAGAACUGUGGCCCCAGGCUUGUCCUGGCCUAGCUUCAGCUCCAGAGAAGAGUCGGACUAGCUGUAGUCCUCCUCUGAUGACUGCAUGUACAUAGGACCACAAUACCCAGCCUCAGGGCUGUGGAAGGCUGAAGAGAGAGGAGCUGUUCAAUUUGGGAAGACCCAAUGGAUUGUCCUGCCUAAUGUGAGAAUGAGAGACAAGGCUCUAGUCUACCGAUAACUACAACUGACUGACUAAGGCACUUGGAAUGAUUGCUAUUAUAUGCUGGCACCCUCUGCUGGAAAUUUCUCUACAUAUUCCCUGACUGGGUUGCUCACUUAUUCAAUCAAUCAAUCAUCAGUCAAUUGCAUUUCAUCUGUGGCUAUAUAGUGCUUUUUAUAAAUGAAUUUCUCAGUGUGCUUAACAACUUCAAGGGUCUAAACUUCCGAAGACAAAAUAAAAACUACCACAGCCUCCCAACACUAUGCAUCUCCUGUUGGACUGGUGAAGACCCUGGUUGGUGCGAGAUCCUGUAGCUUGGUUGUGUUGACUGGAUGGAUGGUCCACCUUUAUAGUACAGUCAUGCAUUAACAAUGUAGUAUGACUCACAGUAACUAACAUUGUUUGUGGUACUCAUAAAGGGUCAAAUGUCACAUGGUGUUACAGUAGCAGAUGUAUAUGCUGUGCAAACAUAGUGAAAGAGAUACAGGGUCAGAUCUAUAAUGUUACAAUUUAGGACAACCAGCUAGCCACAGAAACAUGUGGGUAUUGGACACCUGGAUAUGGGGCACGUUUUCCUCCUAUCCGUAAUGCAUAAUGCUGGUUCUCUUCAAUCUCUGUUCUCAUUGGCCAUCUCUUUCAUUUCAUAGGGAUAACUGUAUUUCUCUGUCAUAGAGCACUUAUCAUGAUGGCUGGGUUUACAAGUAAUUCAUUUUUUUGCCAUGAACUCAAAUGGAAGUAUUAUUUGAGGAAGAUAACAUUUGGAUAAAAAAAUAUCCUACUAAGGUCCCAGAGCAAGUUAGUUUUCAGGGUAUCUGGACCUUUUCAAAGUACUCAAAUAUAAGUUUAACGACUUUGUCUACUGUCCCACUCAGGGUCUAGUUUGACAAAAGUGUAUUGAGGUCAUGUUCUAUUGCCAAUGAGGACAGUCCAUAUUGGUUUGUUUUGAUAUUAUAUCUGUUCAUAUCUGACUCUUUGGCAGAGAGGAGAAGAAUGUUCAGAUUGAACUUCUCGUCUGACGAGUGUUUUCAUGUUUAUUAAUGUUACACUUCUCCCUGAGAGCACAAGACAAACAUUUUGGCGGGGAAGAGAGAAUUACAUUUAAGGAUUCAUUUUCAUUAGUGCAUAAAGAGGAAGUGUAGAAAUACAUCAGUAGUAGCUUUGUCAGGAAAACAAAUGACGAGAACAUCCCCACAGCUAGAAUAUCUAACCAUAGAGAAUACAAGACACUUCCACUUGGUACCUUGGAACACAAAUGUGUAGAUUGAAAUAAGCAUUUGGGAUCCUCCUCAAGUUAAAAACAUAAUUCAAGUCAGUGCACUAAUUACAGAAUCUUUUCGAUUGGCUCUUUUGUAGUCACUGAACAAAAAGAUCAGCCUUGGUUCUAUAAUGAUGUGUUACUGACUGUACCACCUCACCUACCUCAUGUUUUUCCUGACAAACUGAAAUUGUUGAUAGUCACAUAAAAAUGGUUGGUCAGAGUAUUGGUGUAUUUCAAUCAAUGUGAUAUGUCAAUCAGAAAAAAAGUUUUUGCUCCACGAAUUACAUUUAGAUACAUUCAUUAUAUACAGUUUUGACUCCACACAUAUUCACAUGUUAACCCUUUAUAGUGCUUAUUUAAACAGAAUUGUAUGAGAUCAAUGUCCUUACAGGGGUGUUGAGGUAAAUCAAAUUAAAUCACAUUUUAUUUGUCACAUGCACCUUACCAUGAAAUGUUUACUUACAAGCCCUUAACCAACAAUGCAGUUAAGAAAAAUAGGAGUUAAGGAAAAUUUUACUAAAAUAAACAUGUGUAAAUAAAGUUAGACAAGCAUUUUUGUAUGGAGCUCUCACUUGUCAAGGGUUUCAUGUGACCAUGUAUGUAGAGAGAGAGAGAUAUUUAUUUAAAAGCAGCAUAUUUAGACUUUAAACUAACUUUAAACUAACUUUAAAAUAUAAUAAUAUUUAACUAUGAAACGUGUUACUUUGGAUGGUACCUCUGUCUUUUGUCCAUAUCCCCAGCAGUCAUCAGGCUGGUGGCAUUAUUAAACAACAUGGAAACCAAAGAUUAUCACUCAUCAUCCCCAUAAAACCCAGAAGAUAAGCCUUACUCUCCAGUCCUAUCCAAAAACAGUGCUGUGCCUCGUUUUGUUUCAGAUACCUAGCUGACUAGAGAAUGAAGAGUAGUAUUACUCGUAUACAAAGGGGGAAAUCCUGUUCAUCACUAGAUAAUUGGAGAAUGAUACUCAGUCUCAGGAUGAAUCUGCUCACAGCUGGGUUUUAUUCACUAGAAACCAGCAGAAGCAAACAGGCUCAAACGGGGAUGACUACCUGAAAUUGUCCAAUAAAAAGUGUUUUUCUUUUCCGUUGCAAAACGUUUUGCACUAAUGAAUAAAGUGCUGGUCUGUUGCGUUUCAGUUACAACACACUGUUACACUUUUCACGUCACUAUAUCCCUUUGGUUUGUGACAGUGAUUACUGAUUUGUUGUUCCACCCUGUUGGACACUUGUUUUGUGUUUAUCAUGUAUUAAUGACACCACCUUUUUGUUUGUAAUGAAAUAUAUUCUGUACAUUGAAAGUAAUAUAAAGUGUUUGAUUCAAAGAUGUGUCAAUGGUUAUCAUAAAAUUCACUAUUUGUUUCCCAUCAUAAUCUAUGUAAAGUGUAAAUAUUGUUUUA